AUUAAAAUAAAGAAAAUAGAUUUGGAAAGUCUUCUUGAAACUACCGCUCAUCAACAACCGAAAAAUUUCUUAGAUCACUUAGCAACACCGCGACGUGUCGUACAAUUACCACCACCAACGAAGAAGUUGGCUGCCGAUCACCACGUCAGGGCCAAUUCGACAGCUGAUGAGCGAGCACGGUCAAAAUUAAGCAAGGAAGAUCGGGGAUUCUUCCGUAACAUCUUCAAGCGUGAUACUAAGGAUCGAAGGGGACGAGUUGCUGGAACAUUGCCGAAGUCAAUGAUUGUACGGUCACCAUUAGGUCCGUCCACAAUGGGAUCAUCCGCAAUUUUGAAA